AUGACCGUCAACACCACCCCCCCACGCCGCUACUGGCUCCUCACCUCCCCGCGCACCGCCUCCAACAUGCUCGUCAAAAUCCUCAACCUCGAAGCCCAAGCCAUCCGCCCUGUCUUCCAAGGCGGCUACUUCUUCCUGCAAUCCACCGCCCUCCGUUUCCCCUUCCACACCAAGCCCAUGCGCGACUGGACCCCGGAUGAACGCGCCGCCGUCGACACCGCCCAACUCGAAGCCUUCACCAAAUUCCAAGACCACAUCGCCGCCUCGGAACACGACAACCAAACCAUCUUCGUCAAAGAACACGCCGUCAUGCUCUCCCACCCGCUUUUUGAGUCUCAACACGCUUUUGGCCCCGACGCCGGGCUUUCCUCGGACCAACCCACCCCUCUCCCAGCCCACGGCGUCGAUUCCCCAACCCGCUCCCCACUCAACUUGACUUCCCUACCAGAUGAAUUCCUCAAAACCUGGUAUCCCACCUUCCUGAUCCGCCACCCCGCCCUCGUCAUCCCCUCCCUCUACCGCAGCCGCGCCAACCAGGCCAGCGUCGACAGCGACCAGGUGCCGCAGUUGCCACUGCUGCCAGAAACAACCAUGAAAUGGACCCGUUCCCUCUACGAGUUCUACCGCGCCCACUUCGCCUCUUCCCCACCCCCGGAAGGCGAGGAAAACCGAUGGCCCAUAGUCCUCGACGCAGACGACAUCAUGACCUCCCCCGCCCUAGUCCAGAAAUACGCGUCCCUAACAGGUCUCGACCCCGAGCGACUACGUUUCAACUGGCAGAAGGCGAGUGCGGAGGAGAUGGAGAAACUGAAUCCGAUGCAUCGGGCGAUGGUGGGGUCGAUUAUGGGGAGUGAGAAGGUGGAUUUGAGUAAGGUGGCCGGGGAGGAACUGGAUAUUGCGGCGGAGGCGGAGAAGUGGAGGGUGGAGUUUGGGGAGGAGGUGGGGAGACGGAUGGAGGGGGAGGUUAGGGGGAUGAUGGGGGAUUAUGAGGUUUUGAGGGCAGCACGGUUGAGGGUUGAUUAG